GCAGGCUAACCCUUGCGAAAAUGGUGGAACUUGUUCGGUUAAAGAGAAGCGGGUUCACUGUGAAUGCGCCACAGGAUUCACAGGAGUGAACUGUACAGAGCACGAUAUGUGUAUCAAUCAUUCUUGUGCAAAUAACGCCACCUGUGUUAAUGGACCAAACAAAACCUACAAAUGUGAGUGCCAGAAGAACACAGUCGGCACCUACUGUCAAUUCGCUUGUGAACCCAAUCAAUGCUCGGGUAAUGGAACAUGUAUAAUGCGAAUUGAUGGUAGGGUCGGAUGCAAAUGCGAUCCAGGAAUUACAGGAUUACGGUGCGAAAGAGAAAUCGAUGAAUGCCGACGGAGUAUGUGCCAGAACUCGUUGAAAUGCAUCGAUAAAUUCAAUGAUUACGAAUGCGUAUGCAUGGACGGCUGGAUUGGGAAAAAUUGCGAU